GUAAAAAUUACUCCUAAUUGGAGGCUCGACCUGGUAAAAAGCUACGUCGGGAUUUCUGCGCACGGAGACCAGAUGGAAGUUGUCCAGCGUUAAUGACACUGAAAGACAAGAUUGGUCAUCCUGAAGAUCUUCAAAACAAGAGAUCUGCAGAGGACCGAAACUCUCGUUGGCAGGAAGGAUGUACGCGAUGCGGGAGAAACUCAGCACAACUGCGAUUGCGUAGAGACCUUCCGAAAUGAGCUGCGGGUCAGAGGGCAUCCAGUUGAUUCGAGCUGGGGAGGUUUACGCAGAACGAGAAGUGCGUUUGGUGAUCGUGAGAUUAGGUCGAAGGUGACACCAAGGACCAAGAGACAUAUGACGUAUUUAAGUAAUAUAAAAAAUGGCAGAACCCAUGUUCUUCAAGAGAACUUCUGUCAUUCAAACCACAGGUUCGGAGCUGCUGGAGGCCUCCAACAUGAGAGACAACUGCUGGUGGAGGAGCAGAGGUUAUGUAAAGCCAGAGCUCGCAAGCUUUUCCUGGAAACCAAUCGUCGCAGGAAGGCACUGGAGGAGAAACGAAGGCAAAUGGACAUUCAGGACCAGCUGUUACAAGAGAGCGUCCUACAGCAACGCAGACAAAGAAUUCAGGAUGCGACGGAGCGCUUCCAAAAAGGCCAUCUACCUCCAUCACAGCGACAAACUUUUAGAAAAAAUGUCCCCACUAUCGAAGAUGCGCUCAGUAAAAUUCAAGGCACCCUGACCUCACACACCCAGCAGUUGUCUUUCCUGUCCAGCAACCCCCACAUUGUUAAAAGUUCAACUCCCUUCUCAAGACCCUCCACAGUUUACAAACCCCCCACUUACCCUGCAGUCUCAGCUGUGGAGGCCUUCACCAAACUGCUGCAGGAGCAGAGCUUGGCUCGGUUCAAGAACCGUCAAGAAAGUGACGAGAUGCAGUUCAUACUUCAAGAGAAGCAACUGUCUGCAUCACAAAAUAACUCUGAGAGUUGUACAUCUGAAAGCCCAUUAAGUAAAGACAGCUUGGAGAUGGAAGACCUUCGACCCAGAAUUAACAAUCAGCCAGGUUCAUACUUGUCAUUCAUGUCUGAUACAGAGAAGUCCCACAAAAACCUGGAAAGCCACGGGGAUUUGCAUAAAACAUCCGACUUGACUGAAUCUUUGGCUCUUCUUCUUGAUGAUGGUGUUGCACAAUCUGAAAACCCUGAGCAGAAAAAGUUUGACAAAUCUGGAGGAAUCUGGAACAGUAAGAUGCACAUCCUCACACCUUCCUCCCCAGGGUGUGAGUCUAAAGCCCACUCUGGUCCAAACAACUGUAAUUUAUUAAUGCUGUGUGAAAUUAUAGAUGCCGAGCACUUUGAAAACAGCCCCAAAGGACCCCCGUUCUUUACCAACAACGGGAACUGCAAAGAGUUGUUGUACAAAAAUCCCCUGAAGGCAAGUGUUUUCUCAGAAGAUAGCAAAAUGGAAAAUAACUCACAAAAAGGAAAUGCUCAGCAAACAGGACAGGCAGGUCACCGUCUGUCAUCCCGCAGUGAACCUUGUUCCUUCAUAAACAACCUUAAUAACUGUUUAAACUCAGAGCUGAAGUUUGUCAAAGCCAACAACACAGCACAGCUGCAACGUUCCUGCUCGUCUAACCUUCCACUGGACGUUCCAAAAUGUUUCGAUUGCACCGAGAACAAAGAAAUGUUUCCACUUUCAGCUAAGAAAUCCCAUUCAGCACAUGGUGUCAGAUUAAUUAAAGGGAUUCUCAAAAAGACCAAAUGUAUGCCUGAAGAAUCAGCAUGUGCAUCUGAACAGGCACAUUUAAUUUUUGCAAAACAGGUGGCUUUAGCCAUCAGAGAUAGUGUGGAAUUGACAAAGGUCAAAGCAAAAGUUGUGGACAACAGCAUCAUCAGGAAGAAGCUGCGCUGGUUCGAUGGGGUACAAGUGGAAGAAGAGAACAAGAAACCAGUGAGAGUAGCCUCCACUUUUGAUUUCCCCCAGUCGAAGAAAAACUCUGAGGACCUACAGCUAUGUCUCACAGCAGUCUCUGGGGCUUACAAGGCUGGACCCAGCAUGACCUCUCCAGUCUCUUCUGGUUAUCACCUUACAAAGAAAGCGUGGACAGAUGUCGGGGUUCAAGUCAGCUUAGCCCAGCCUAGCACAGACGAGGUCAAGGUGCAACAUUGCACAACAGUUCUGAGGGCCAGAACUGUUGGUCCUCAAGAGUUGGAGAGAGAAUGCUCCACAAGAGCUGUGGUGGGUUCUGUUUCUGCAAAGACCAGAAAGGGCACCAUCAUACGACCUCAAUCUGCCAUCGAGGUGAAUCAGAUUGCCAAAACCCAAAGGAAGCUCAUGGUGCCCCACCCACCUCCUCGGACAGAGGCCGUGAAAGAAAAGAAGGCCGACGUCAACAGGACCGCAUGUUGUGUGAAUCACGAUAGUGUCAACGGUAAACAAGCACUAGCUGAAGAGCAGAUCCAACAAAGAGACACCUCAUUAUGCACACAUCACCUAACCGGAACACAUAGUACUGUUAUGUACACACCUCUGCCGCCCUCACUUACACAUCCCAGCAUUGAGGCCACCACAAAGGGCAAGAUCAGCUCAGGUCAUCUGAACACCCGAGGCUGCAGAAGGAGUGGGGCAGGGUUUAAUGAAAAAGGCCUCUGUUUGGAUUCCACCCCCACAGAUGAGGAGAUCUCACAGCUCUGGCACAGUAUCCGUAGUGUCUUUGCCACCAAGGAAGGUAAGGAGUGUCUUGGCAAGUACAGUUUCUGCUCCACCUAGCUCAGGCUUCAAAAGCAAAUCAUUUAAUGGCUUACCAGGUCACAUAUACAUAUAUGUCUGUUAUAGUAUGUUUUAUUACAUGGCAGUAAUGAAGUGACUGACAUUCAGCUACAGUGUGCAACUUACCCACUAGAUGGCACUAAAUACAACUCACUGCAGGCCCUGUUUUAUUUGUGCCUACACAGAAAACACAUUUUCAAACAUACACUGGGAAUCCCUCCAGGUGGUUGAAUAAUACAUUCAAGGUAAAGAUGCCAUCACUUUAUCUAUAAAAUAUUGGAAAAGUUGAAAAUUGGUAACUUGUUACCUGAUACAUAACUCAGUCUUAACUGAAGUAGGAUCUACUGAGUGAUCUGCACGUGACUCUCUCCUUACAUAGUUGUACUAAAAACCUUCCACAUUGCUUUACAACAGAAUUCUGUUGGUCAGGGUUUACACCCACAUGAUCUACAGCUCUUUCUUUGACGCUUUGAGAUAACCACAAUUGUGUAUAUAUAUAAUUGUGUGUAUAUAUAUGUAUACAUAUAAUUGUAUAUGUA